CUGCACUUUCAGCCCAUUUUUCACCAUAGGGUGGCGUAACGUGCACAGCUAGUUCUCACCUCAUUUGAGAGAAGAACAGCUCUGCAGCAAAUGAUUUCAGUUCAGAUAAGAUGCAACUUCCUCCUGACACAAGUAAGGUGGUAUGGGGGAGGGGAGAGGGUGAGAAAUCGGCGGCAAUUUAGUGAAAACAGCUCAGCUUUUGACACAGCCUACAUGGGAAGCCACGAGUGCGGAGCCUGCACUCCCCAUCCCCGCCAGCCACCACUCCUGACCAGCCACGAUAAAUGACGCAACUGUACAGCCAUGACCUUAUCAAACAUCACAUGUGGGGUCCCCAAUAGCACCGUCAACUGCUCCUACAAUAUGAGUGCCUGGGAAGAGAGCAUGGACAAGCUCUACACCUACUUCUACCUGCUUAUCUUCAUCCCGGGCUUGCUAGGCAACAGCGUCGGUCUUUGGGUCCUGUGGCGAUUUAUAAGCAAAAAGACCAAAGCCAUCAUCUUCAUGAUCAACCUAGCCAUGGCUGAUCUGGCUCACGUGCUGUCCCUGCCUCUACGCAUCUACUACUACUUCACCCAUGAGUGGCAUUUUGGAAAGGGCCUGUGCUUGUUCUGCUUCUACCUGAAGUUUCUUAACAUGUACGCGAGCAUUGCCUUCCUGGUGUGCAUCAGCAUCCAGCGCUGCACCUUCCUCAUGCACCCCUUCUGUGCCAAGCGCUGGAAGCGGCGCUACGACGUACGCAUCAGCGCCAUUGUGUGGCUGAUGGUGGGCCUCUGCUGCUCGCCUUUCAUCCUGAUGAGAAACAACACAUGCGGGGUGCAGCAAAAUACCAUAUCCUGCUUCAAGGACUUGCCCACACGCAAAGUGAACCUGUCCAUGGCCAUCACCAUAAUGACAUUUGGGGAGCUCCUGGGUUUUGUUGGCCCACUGGUCAUCAUCGGGUUCUGCUCGUACUUCAUCAUGCGCUCGCUGUGGCGCAGCUUGCAGGCGGGCCACUCAGUCAACGACAAAAAGCGCGCCCUGCGCCUGGUGCUGGCAUGCACGGGUGUCUUCUUUAUAUGCUUCGUGCCAUACCACAUAAACUUCCUGCUGUACAUGAUGGUCUCGCAGGACAUCAUCACCCAGUGUCCAGUGCGGGAGGCGGUUAAGAAGUUCCACCCCAUAUCCCUCUGCUUGGCCAGCAUGAACUGCUGCCUCAAUCCACUCAUCUACUAUUUCCUGACCACAGAGUUCCAGCAGCAGCUGAGCCGACAGGGCAGCUCUGUGCUGAGGGGGCGGCUAAUGAGCCUGGAGAGCACAUCCUCCUACAAAGAAUAAGCUUUACACAGCUCAACAUAGCACUGCCAGCAUGUGUCAAUAUCCAGCCCUAGGCUUUUUUGAUGCACCUCUUCAGAGCUAAAACUAAUGAAUCAUUAUGAAAUGUGUCAAGUGAAGUUAACUUGAAUGCUUUACGGUAUUGAAAAAUGAAGCACCUGAUGUAGGGAACUGUAUUUUUAAAGUAUACACCUGUAAUAUAGUAUUUCUCCAUAUGUAUAGACUGUGCGAAUAAAAAAGUAUGUUAGAGGAAAAGCACAGGAUCAGAGUCAAAUGAGAAGAGCUAAAUCAGUAUGCCUGCCUUGAGCUUUGCAUCUAAAUACAUAACUGGGAAAGGUUAGUGUUCAGAUGUAUGACUUCGUUUUAAAUAAAAAAAUAAAAUGUACUGCAGACCAGCUUAUAUACACUUAACCCCAAUAGAAUCUGCACUUUAUAUGUUACAGCCAAAAGUUGUACUAAAAUAACAACUUAAAGGGUGUUUUGAUAGAGAAUCAUGCAAAACUGAAGCUAAAA